AAUCUGCAACCUCGAGAUACUCGCCAGCCUCGACCUCGGAAACUCCGCUGCAAGGCGUAUAAAAGGAUGGCGCUUCCACGAAUUCGCUCAACCUUUCCCAGCGCUCUUCAGCGCGGGCAUAAGGUUGUAGUUACCACGACCAGGUUAUCCACCCGACAUGAAAAUCGUCGGUGGGCCUUAAUGGCGUCAUUCCCUCAACGGCGGUGGCUUUGGCCAUCAUUCCAACGGUUCAGGUCGCGACUGCUAAAUUGCAACAGGCUUUCACAUGAACUUUGAUCAUGGGCUCCAUAAGAUCAACGCUUCUUUCGACAGCCGUGGCAUGGCUGCUGGCGGUGGUUUCGCCGGCGUAUGCUUGCAUGGAUAGAUGCUCCAACACGCAGUAUAAUCCCGUAUGCUCGAAGGGGCAUAUGUGGUUCAACUCCUGCUACAUGAAGUGCCAAUCUCCUGACGUCACCGUCUACGAGAAGUGCCCAUCUACACCUGCACCGCCCCCAUCCCCUCUUGCACCUGCCGUCCCAUCCUGCAACCCCUACACCUCCCGCUACAAGAACGUCUCCCGGUACAACCCCCGGGACUGCCGUACCUACACGCUGUACGACGUGGACGCGAUCUGCAUGCCCAACUGGGGGGCUGCGAAGGAGUACUGCAGCCGCCAGGGAUUGGAGCUGGCGCCCUGGGACAAGGACGCGUCCUUCGGUGUGCUGCAGUCGCUGUGCAAGGACAGCCGGUUCACCUGCUGGGCUGGCGGCAGGGCGCCGGAGGACUUGUGCCCCGUCAUGAGCCAGGAGGGAGACAUGCACUUCCAGGGCUGCGACCAGCCCGUCAGAUUCGUGUGCAGAACCAAGGACGGAGAGUGCACGCCCUCACCCAGUCCACCGUCGCCGCGGACUUCAUCAUCCAAACCUCCCUCCCCCCGACCCCGUCCACCCUCGCCCUCCCCACCCUCUCCUAAAACGCCGUCACCCCUGCCGCCAUCGCCUUCCCCACCCUCCCCUAAGCCGCCGUCACCCCUGCCUCCGUCACCCUCCCCGCCUUUCAUAAGCCGCCGUCACCCCUGCCUCCAUCGCCUUCCCCGCCCUCUCCUAAGCCGCCGUCACCCAAGCCUCCUUCACCCAAGCCCCCGUCACCUUAGCCGCCGUCUCCCUCCCAACCCUGUCAUAAACCCCCUUCGUCCCAGCCGCCGUCGCCCUCCCCACCCUCUCCUAAACCGCCGUCACCCCUGCCGCCAUCGCCUUCCCCACCCUCUCCUAAGCCGCCGUCGCCCCAGCCACCGUCGCCUCCCCACCCUCUCCUAAACCGCCGUCACCCCUGCCGCCGUCACCCAAGCCCCCGUCUCCCUCCCAACCCUGUCAUAAACCCCCUUCGCCCCAGCCACCGUCGCCUUCCCCGCCCUCUCCUAAGCCGCCGUCGCCCCUGCUGCCAUCGCCCUCCCCACCUUCACCAAGCCCCCGUCACCCAAGCCCCCGUCACGCAAGCCGCCCACUCACCCUCGCUCACCUAAGCUUCCCUCACCCUCCUCCUUCCAAGCCGCCAUCACCCAAGCCCGGCUCACCCUCGCCGCCCUCACCUAUGCCGGCAUCGCUCCUGCCUCCCUCGCCUCGGCCUUCUCUUCAUCCCCCCAUCCGUCAUCCCCCAUCGCCCCGGACCGCGUCUGCACCCCCGCCCAGCCCCGCCUCUCGCACCCCUCGGGCGCCUCGCCACCACCGCUUACCACCGCCUGGCUCGCACUCGAGCGCCAACGUGCUGUCGCUGUCCGCGGGAGGCUACCGGUACCGCAUGUACGACGUGGACGCCUCGAAGCGCAUGCCGUACGGCGGGGCGGAGGCGUUCUGCAGCGGGCUGGGCGAGGGCUGGGAGCUGGCGCCUUACAUCGAGGGUGCCAGCUUCGGCGCCCUGACGGAGCUCUGCGCCGCCAACCACUACACCUGCUGGUGCAGGCGCGAGCAGGAGGACACGCUGUGCCCGCUGAUUGACGCAAACGGGGUCCUGCAGAAGCAGGGGUGUGAGCAGGACGUGCGGUUUGUGUGCCGCGAGAAGAUGACGUAGACAUAGACGUGUGUGUAUGGGCGCUUGCUUUAGCGCUAUUUAUUCACUGUAACGUUUCCGUUGCAGCUGACACUCGUUUGUUUUCAAUGAGCACGUAUUGUACAUGCCUGCGCUUAGCAUACCGGGCCUCGACUAUUGAAGUCCUUUGCAUCUUUCCCGCGAUCUUCAUCUUACCAGACGGUUUCUCACGUUAUCAUGAUGUGUUGAUCAAGACACGCUAAUCUUAUCUUUCUCUCUUCUAGUAUGCGUGAAGCCCUGGUGUAUGAUGGUGUAUGAAAUGGAAUGCAAAAGAACGCAUCUUAUGGAUUUGCUCACCCUUAAUUCUCGGGUGGAGACCUAAGAAUACUGUAUAUGCCACCUUCCUUAUUGUCCUCGGAGGCUAGCUGCGUUCGUGUCUAGGCGCAGAUGGGUUGUUCGGUCACGGCUGUAGCGUGUUUGCUUCCACACAACACUUGCCUCAAGCCUACACGCCCACCUUAAUACCGGUACUGUUCCCUGUUUGUGUUUACGUGUAUGUACGGUGGCUCCUGCCACCACGUUGCUUUGUUUUAACCCAUUGUUGAAAAGCGUACUAAGGCUCACACCAGCAACCUUGCCAUUAGAGCAAUGGUCUGCGUCCGUGCUGCACUCGGUUGUCCCAUGGGUCACCAGAGGUGCUUAACUGCUUACACGACAUGGGACGUGCUCGCGUAGAGCAUGCUGGGCCAUGCAACAAGCACCAAGACGGGGACCAGUACUGCUACCCAUGCAAGCUCUGCGCUGCAUGGAGAGGAUAGACACGAUUAAGUGACGUUACAGGG